CGUGUGUUUGGUAGGAAGGAAAAACAUUUUGGCAUGUUUGGUAACCGGUUGGCUCAGCCGUAGUGUUUUUCGGAUUUUAUUACUAAUUGAAAGGCAGUGUACUUAAUUAUUUAUUAAUCAUUCUUUAUUUUCCGAGCACAUAAUCAUUAACGAUUCACUUUCAGUUUCGCAACUCCUUGAGUUCUCAACUUUUUAAAAUUCAGAUGGAGUACUUAUACAUUUAGAAUUAUUCAUUGUAACUUUUUGAAUUCUCCAACGAAAAAGCUGAAUUAAUUUGAUGACUGUUUGUUUACUAUGACGGAUUUUGACUAUAAAAGAGCUAAAGUAGACGUGACAAUUUCAUAAUCCUCUCCUAACUAUCAUCCAAUUAAGCAUAAUGACGACCCAAUUGAGCAUGAAGCUUUUGAUUGACACUAAGGCUAAAAAAAUACUAUUCGCUGAGGCUGAAAAGAGUUGUGUGGAUUUCUUGUUUCUCAUUCUCUCAUUGCCGGUGGCCACAGUCAUUAAGCUUCUUAAGAAGAAAGGGAUGAAUCAUGGAUGCUUGCCUAAACUCUAUGACAGUGUUGAGAAUUUGAGCGACACCUAUAUUCACUCUAAGGAUAGCCUUUUGAAACCCAAGUCAUCUGUAAUAGGGAUCGCUUCCAUUCCUUUUCUAUCGAUUGAUGACGUUCCAACGACACAUAAGACCUUUUAUGGAUGUUCCAACUACUGUCAUAAUACUUUUUCUGAUUGCCCUAGUGCAAAAUGUACAGUUUGUAAUUGCCUUAUGUCAAGAAGUUUGACGUAUGUUGCUCCACCGAUAGCGAGUGGAGCUGUGGCAUCGACAAGUGGUUUUGUGAAGGAUGUUGUGACAUACAUGGUGAUGGAUGACUUGGUAAUUAAGCCUAUGUCCACCAUUUCUAGCAUUACUCUUCUAAACAAGUUCAAUGUAAAGGAUGUUGGUGUAUUGCAAGAGGAAGUUGUUCAUUUUGGAAUGGAAGAGGCGCUGAAGUUGUUGAAGGCAUCCUUUGAGUCGAAGACAGUCCUGACUAGUGUUUUCAUGAGCGCCAUAAAAUUGUCGAAAUAGUUACACAUGUUUUCAUGGAAUUUGGAUGUUUUAGCUUUUUGGUUUUCUUUUCUUUCUUUCUCUGUUGGAGUUAUUAUGAUUUUAUCUUUGCUAAUUUCUUAUUUUUCCUUUCUAAUGAAUCAAUCUAUUCUCAAUGUGUUUGAGAUUGUUUCCAUUUGUUUUUGGUACUUCUUCCUAGUUCAAUUUAAAAUGAAUGUUUGUUAUAAUUAUGACAUUUCUGAUCAUCUCUAACUUGAGGUUUCUCAUAAGAUGAACCAAAAAUACCCAUGAACCUAAUACUUAUUGUCCACUAUUAAUUUGACACAAGUGGAAGGAAAUAUUUAUUGUCCACUAUUAAUUUGACACAAGCGGAAGAAAGUAGUAUUAAUUUGACACAAGCGGACGGAAGGAAGUAGUAGCUAGUCAAAGGAAAUUAAUGAGAGCACAUGAAGUGGCAGAGGUAUUUCUUAUUUUGUGCCGUACUACUACAGGUAAAGCAUUAAUGUCUGUAUUGUUGAGGUCGGUAUGCUAAGAUUUAAAAGAGAUUUCAGUCUCACUGUCUCUUUGCCUCAUGUGGAUGAGGUGUGGGUUUCACUCAUUUACUGUAACUCCACUUGUUUCCCUUUUAAUUUUCACAUGCAACUGCCUCUCAUUAUCUGAGAAUAUUACAUAAUGGCUUAUCCACAUUAAUAUUAUAAGAUCCUGUUUGCUAGUUCGUUAUUAUAGAAGUAGGAUUCGCAACCAUAAUCCUAUACUUGUUAGCCAUUUGAUAUAACAUUCGUCUAGAGAUGUCUAAUUUAUUUACUGGCCACUUUUUUUUUUUAGGUAAAUACAUUAAUGUCCAAUUGUGUUAAUCAAAUCCCUCAUCUCUUUUGCAUUUAU